AAAGACACUGUAUGAAUUGUAAGAGUUUCGAUUACUGCUGCACACUGCUUAUCUUUCUUCCUGCUCUUCUGUUUUAAAGUUGACAGUCCUAGUAAACAGAUCCUUCGCCGCUUUGCGGUAAAGACUAGUGAAACGUGCUAGGUUACUUCUCGGACUGAUACCGAUGCCACUAAAGGAGCCCUGGAUCAAGUCACUAUGAUUGAUGUACACCUCCGAUUCCUGAUGAAGUAUAUCACCACAAAACAAAAUGUACAAAGCCGUUGCGAUUUCGCCGUAAUCACCUUUCGCAGGAAGGCAUAUUCCUUCAGAAAAAAUCCCUCCCAUCAUGGUGGCCAUUUCUAUCUUCUUGGCACCGUGGAUAUCGUGCUCUAGUUUUUCUCCAUAUGAAGUGGCAUUGAACCUAAAUUCAUCAUCCAUAAGACACAUGGCAAUCCGAGCACAAACAGGAUCUGGCAAGAAUGAGAAAGAUGCCCUGUGCGGAACGUCAUCUCGUUCAUGUUCAUAAUAGGUCAAGUGAGCGUAACCUUUUGAAACCAAGUCUGAAACAAUCGGAGCACUCGUGGGCCCCAUUUGGAUGCGUGUUCCUAGCACACUCAAGCAUGAUUUCUUAUUGUCAUUCCAGUUGGGAUCUCCGAAGACAACUUUUUUACGACUUCGUACACUCUGUCUUUAUCAAACAAACUGUUCUUGUGCAGCUUUGCAAAAAGAGGACGGCUAUAUCGAAUCAUCGAUUCGUACUCCGAUCCGUUUUUAAGCAUUGCCCCCUCCGAUGAUAGUGAUAAACAACYUAUUGUUCGUAGCAUGAAAAAGGGUGGGAACGGCACUUUUCCUUUCUUGUAGUGGAGACUGCCUUGUGACACCAAAGUACGCGAUUCACCAGCUUUCUGUUCCGUCUCCGGGAAAAAAUUAGCUAGAGCAGAAGUGGUUCCUGCCAAGACUAAGGUUAGCUUGCAACACUUGCCAUCGACCUAAUGAUCUUUUUCGCGCGUAAUCCAUCGAAGCACACGGAUUAGGAAGCCACCAUUAUAUGCCAAGUGUUGCGCUUCGACAAAGAAAAGCCGAACGAAGGGUAUUGUGUUUUCUUGUGAGUCGCCGCUUUUUUCCAACGCCUUGGCGCAUUGAGAUCUCACAAAUCUUUUUCUUUCUUGCUCUUCGGGGUUUACUAUGUAUACAUCGUCGAAAUUCUUUUCAAUCUGCUCUUUUUCUUUACCUUGAACUCUGUGGCCGCCAAAAUGAAGAUCCCUCGCUUCCUUUCAAUACAGUUCUUUUGUUGCCAAUCGCAGACAUCGAAGCUGAUUUUUUCGCAAAUAUGCACCACGAAAGAGCAAGCAGUUGGUACAACAAGUGACCGAACCCAAUACCAGAGCCUGCCAAGAUGCGAUUGCAGKGGUUAAGUAUUCAAGCCAGCACUUCAUCUCAACUGGCGAAGGGACCCUCAACACAAAUGACUAAUUUAUUUCCAAGGAAAGAACCACACAUUUGGAUGAGAUCAAACUCUUUGAAGCAAAGAAGAAAGUUGCAAAAGCAGCAGAAGCUUUGAGCAGCAAAGCUCAUGGUUUGAUUGAGAAUUUUUUCUUCCUGUUAAAACGCUGUCACGUCGUAAUUCGGACCCGUUUGGGUAGUGUACGUACCCUACUCGUACUCCACGGUAGCUCCACGGGCGGGUGUGGGAGCGCGGGGAAAUGAAACAUCGCUUUCUAUUCGAGUCAGUCGGUCUUCCGCCCCCGGUGCCCGUUUCAGAAUUUGACAAGGAAUUUACGACACCGGUACCGUACGUAGUCUUGUACUCUGCCAUACGUUCCGUACGGGACGUUACGUAAGUGCUAGGUGAAAACGGUGGAAUUUGUGUGCAGUCCACAACGACCGGCASUACGUAGUACUCGUACCAUACCGUACGGUACGAACUAGGAAUCACCUCUUUUUUCUCUCUCUUUUCGAUUGUGACUCAAACCGCAGCUUCCGAGUAUGGAGGAAAAAGGACGUCCCUCACGUGAUAGAUAGAAUACAGCAAGAUACAAACCAAAAGGGUUGUUGGCCUCGAGCAUUGCUUAUUUGCGUACAUUAGGCCCGCUGUUCUGUGAGCAAAACAAAACCAUUGCAACAACAAAAAGAACCAUUGCACCAAGUCGUAUCGAAUCGAAUCGAAUCGAAUCGAAUCAACUCGCAUCGAAUAAAUUCGAUACAAUUCAAUACAAUUCUAAUCGCAUCUAAUCAUAUCGCAUCGCAUCGCAUCGCAUCCAGUGGGAUAGUAGAGGUCCUUCGGGGGCACGAAGCACAUAAAUAAACACUCGCACCCUUGUCUCCUGCCCUACCCACUGUUAGCAGCGAGUCCAUCCGUGACGCAGAAAGCAAGSACAAGCACAAGCACAACAAAAACGACACCAAAUGCCACCGGGGCGGCACCGAUCGGGACCGCGGAGGCGGAUGCGGGUGAACGGCGCCUCCGUGAGCGGCCUGCUCAAUGCCGGGGCCCGGACGGAGGAGGAGGUCCGGGCAAACGCCCGCCGGGUCUUUGGAGGCCUGCUGGGCGCGGUCCUGGCGGUCGACCUGGCCUCGGCGGUUUCGGUGGUGGCCAUGGCCUGUUCCCAACAGAGCCGCUGCUGGAGCGGGGGAACCUCUGUCUGGCGGUGUCUGGUGGACUCGGUCCUGCACGCCUCUUUUGGAGCCUCUAAGGGCUUGCCUCCGCACGGGCCGGGCCAAGGCGAAACAGAAACAGAAACGCUCGGGGAUUUCGUCGUCCUGUCGCUCUGCCGUUGCGCCCUGACCCUCUUGCUGCUCUGGGUGGGGGUCCGCUUCGGGAACGAGGGGACCCACCGCCGGGAGCCGCCGGAGRGAGAAAGCGGGGGGCGGUCCGCUUCCGGGAUCGCGAUCCCCAGCGGCAGCGACAGGAGCGAAACCGAGACAGAGGCCGAAACCGAAACCGAAUCCAACGGUGCCCCUGGUUCCCUGGAAGAGCCCCUCCUGGGAGCGGGCCGCCAGGACCGCGAGUUGGACACGGGAGAACCGUCCCUGCGAGGCAACCGCGAACGAGGUGGCACACCCAGCGGUUCCCUUCCGGCGACGGAAUCGCCACCGGCGCGGGAGCGAUCCCUCGGGUGUCCUGCCUCGGUCCCUAGGGAUCCAAAGGCGGUAAAAAAGAUGGUGCUGGUCUUGGUCGUUGUCUUUUGCACGCUGUAUCAGGUCUACGCCGGCUUUCGGGUUGCCACGAUGCAGGACGGGGGCGGUGCAUGCGCGGACACCGGAAGCAGCGACGACGACCACCACCACCACGGAACGGGGAGGCUCUGGUCGGUGCUCCGGAUCGUCCUGCUGUGUUCCACCAUUUUGUGGAUCAACGCCGAGGCCUACCUGGUGAGCGUCCUGGUCGUCGAGUUGACCCGGGACUCGGAGGAGGGACUCCUCUUCCUGCCCCCGGAGAUCCACCGCCAUCCGCUCUACCUGGAAACCGACCACCGAUCGAUGGCGAUGCACUGGUGCGAUUUGUGCGGCCAAAAGAUCCAGCAGGCGACGCCGGCCGCUCCCAACCGCGGCGGCGGUAGCAGCAACAGAAACAACGGCAGCCACCAAACGGCGGCUCCUACCGCCGUUUGCCGCGUAGCCACGACGCCUUCUGCGAACUCCGCGGGGAGCAAAUCCGCCGGAUACUGCUACCGAUGCGCCCUCUGCGACUUUGACAUUUGCCUCAAGUGCAGCGCCCGGACGGACGCCGCCGUCGUCGGAGAACACGUCCUGCGGGGGGACCGCGGGGUCCGUGCUGAGGCCAGCCUCUCCACGCGAAAGUACGUCGAGCGGUCCCUGGGGGUCGCCGGGCGGACCGAAUGGCCGUGGCUHGCACUGAGCUUUUUCCUCCUGGCCCUGUCCAGCGCCACGAGGCUGUUGCUCCCGCACGUCCAGGGCAGGAUCAUCGACGAGGUGGUUCCGGUCACGGGUGCCAACCACACGUUUUACGGCGGGGCGGGCGGCGAAAACGGGAACGGAAGCGGUUCCGAUCGCYACGAUAGGCACGGCUUUGUUCGCUGCAUCACGAUCUACGUCUUUGUCAUGAUCGCCCAGGGCGCCCUGUCGACGCUCUACUCCGCCAUUUUCACGCUCGUUUCGCGCAAGCUCAAGUUCACCGUCCGGAACGCCCUCUUUGAAAAAAUACUCGUCCAGGACGUGGCCUACUUUGACGGCACCGAAUCGGGACGCCUCUUGUCGCGCCUCACAAACGACCUGGACGUGAUGAUGUCGCCCAUCCAGUCGUCCCUCUCGAAUCUCCUGAGCAACUCGCUCUUGCUAAUGGGAGGGAUGGCCGUGUGCUUUCUAAAAUCCUACAGGCUGUCGAUGCUGGCCUUUUCGACGGUCGGACCCAUUUCUCACCUCUGGGAACAGUACGCGCUGUGGAGCAAGGGGCUGGCCAAGGAAAUGCUCUCCCACUGGGCCCAGGGGAACAGCAUCGCCUCCCAGGCUCUCUCACACAUUCGGACCGUCAAGGCCUUUGGGUGCGAGGAGGUCGUGCUGAGAAAGUACUCGGAAACCAACCGCAUGGCCCUCGACUGCGGCGUCAAGGACGCAUGGGGAAACGGYGUCACGUCGGCCCUGACGGGAUACCUCGACCUGGGCACCGGCGUUCUGAUCUUGUAUUUCGGCGGAUUGCUGGUCUACCGCGGAGAAAUGACUGUGGGGGACCUCGUAACCUACCAGCUCUUCUGGAACAUGAUGAACGGCGCGUACCAGAACCUGCAGGGCCUGGUGACCUCAUUUACCCGGUCCGCGGCUGGGGCCGAAAAAGUCUUUGCGCUGUGGGACUCCCACCCGGACAUCGAUCCCAGCGUGGGAACCGACGUGGUGGAAGACCAAAUCCAGGGCCACUUGCAGCUCCAAGGUGUUGGCUUUUAUUACCAGAUGAGACCCGACAACCAGGUUCUGGAGGACUUUGAUCUCGAGAUCCCCGCCGGCAAGACCCUGGCGCUGGUUGGCAGGAGCGGUGGGGGAAAGAGCACCAUCAUCAAUUUGUUGCUGCGGUUCUAUGACCCGAAAAACGGCAGGAUUCUGCUAGAUGGCAAGCCAUACCCGUCCUUCAAGGUUCACCAGCUCCGCCGGUUGUUCGGGGUGGUCACGCAGGACACCGAGCUCUUUGCGUCUACCGUCGAAGAAAACAUUGCGUACGGACUGGACGAAGACGAAUAUACGUUCGAGGACGUCGUGUCGGCCGCCAAGAAGGCACACGCCCACGAGUUCAUCAGUGCGAUGAAGGACGGGUACCAGACGCGGAUCGGAGAACGCGGGGGCCGGAUUUCGGGUGGGCAGCGCCAGCGGCUGGCGAUUGCGAGGGUCUUUCUCCGCAAGCCCAAGAUCAUCUUGCUGGACGAGGCCACGUCGGCUCUGGACGAACGGUCCCAGGAGGCAGUCCAGGAGGCCCUGGCGGACCUAAUCGCAGAGAGCUCCGCAACGGUCGUAAUGGUAGCCCACCGGCUGUCAACCGUGGUGAACGCCGACUCGAUAUGCGUUAUCGACGGCGGCAGGGUCCAGGAGCAGGGCAGCCAYGAGGAACUCUUGCAACGAGAGGGAGGCAUCUAUGCGUCCAUGGUGUCGCAGCAAGCGGUCAAAAAGCAGGACGAACUGCCUUCGGAACUGCGAUAGCAAUCGAGACAUCAAGAGAGACUGCGAGAGCACCGCGAAGGCAACGAMAGCGCGGCGGUGAAMAAGUUCCUAGGCGAUUCCCGAAGAAGCGAUGGACGAACGAAACCAUUUGUGUGRCAUUUCUGGGGUCAGAAAGCAAAGUGGAAACURCAGUUAUGGCAUACCGUGGGAGGAAAGGAGUGACUUCUUGACGCGUCCCGCCCUGUUAURAAGGAAAYGCGUACUAUCGUACAGAUAGCACGUUACUCGGAUGUUAAACACGAUGUAUUUAUGGUGCUAUAAUCGUGCUGCCUUAGUAUYAAACCGUGUCAUAGGAUAAGGUACAGACGCCUUCGUUACCAACCGAGAUGAAUGCUCACAAGA